ACGCAGACUGCUUCUACAAACAUUUGUGAAAGAAUGGGUCGCUCUCAGGAGCUCUGUGACUCCAAGCGUGGUCCCGUGAUAGGUUGCCACCUGUGCAAUAAGUCCAUCUGUGAUAUUUCCUGGCUACUAAAUAUUCCACGGUCAACUGUUAGUGGUAUUAUAACAAAGUGGAAGCAACUGGGACCAACAGCAACUCAGCCACCAAGUGAGUGGGGUCAGCGCAUGCUGAAGUGCACAGUGUGCAGAAGUCGCCAACUGUCUGCAGAGUCAAUAGCUAAAGACCUCCAAAUUUCAUGUGGCUUUCAGAUUAACACAACAGUGUGUAGAGAGCUUCAUGGAAUGGGUUUCCAUGGC